AUGGAAUGGGGACCACAGCCAGAAGGUCUUUCACAGCUAUUGCAGUUGUUGAAAGAUUCAGUGUCUCCCAAUAAUGAAAUUCACAAUCAAAUACAACAAAAACUCGAAUCAUUCAACAAAAUAGUUGAUUAUCCAAAUUACCUAGUGUACAUUCUGACACAGAUGUCACAAGAGGAUGCAUCAACUCGUGCAAUCGCAGGUCUACUUUUAAAAAACACAAUUCGAACAUACUUUCAAACUAUACAGCCGGAUGUUUUGGGAUACGUCAAAGCAUUAACAAUCAAAGGUCUAGGUGAUCCUGAUACUAUGGUUCGAGGUAUUGUCGGUAAUGUUAUUACGACAAUUGUCACAAGAGGAGGGAUAUCAGAUUGGCCUCAAGUUAUAACCUCUCUGAUGGAGUUGCUCGAUUCUUCCGACUAUAAUUAUUUGGAGGGUGCCUUUGGUGCUCUUCAAAAAAUAUGCGAGGAUUCUGCGCGUGAGCUUGACCAGGACAUUGGAGGCACAAGACCUCUAAACUAUAUAAUUCCUAAAAUAUUACCUUUCUUUGACUCACCUCACUUUAAAAUCCGAGUGUACGCCAUUUCUUGUAUCAAUCAAUUCAUUCUUAUGCGAUCAGAAUCUCUCGUUCUUCAUAUCGAUGCCUUUGUAAAUGCUCUAUUUAAGCGUGCUUCCGACGAGAAUAGCGAAGUACGAAAGAAUGUUUGCCAAGCAUUGGUAAUGCUGCUUGAAGUGAGACCUGAUAAGCUUAUUCCUGAGAUUGAAAACGUCGUCGCAUACAUGCUAUUUUCCACUCAAGACCCAGAUGAACAGGUGGCACUCGAAGCGUGCGAGUUUUGGCUGGCUUUUGCCGAACAGGAGGAACUUCGUGAGCACUUGCGCCCAUUUCUCAACAGAAUUGUUCCAGUAUUAUUAAAGGGGAUGGUAUAUAGUGAAAUGGAUAUAUUGACUCUUGGAGGCGAUGAAGACGACUCUAAUGUUCCUGACCGUGAGCAGGACAUAAGGCCGCGUUUUGUUAGACCAAAAGAACGUUCUUUCGAGCGUACCGAGACAAAUGUAUUCGGAAAUGAGUUGCUAGAGAUUUUGCUUCCUUUCUUGAGGGAGCAGCUUUUCCAUCAAGAAUGGAAGCAUCGCGAAUGUGGUAUCUUGGCGUUGGGGUGUAUGGAAGGCGUUGAACCUCAUCUUCCUAACUUGAUUCCUUACCUAAUACAAACUCUUAACGACCCAAAGCCUCUUGUUCGUUCUAUCACUUGCUGGACAUUGGGUCGGUAUUCUCGGUGGUGUGCUAAUCCUCCUAACCCGGCGCAAGAUCGUAUAAAAUAUUUCGAGCCUUUAUUGGAGGGGCUCUUGCAUAGAGUACUCGAUAAUAAUAAGAGAGUUCAAGAGGCUGCUUGCAGUGCUUUUGCAACCCUUGAAGAAGAAGCAUGCGAAUUAUUGAUUCCCUAUUUAGAUCCGAUCCUUCGCAAUCUUGUCUUUGCAUUCAACAAAUAUCAACACAAAAAUUUAUUGAUUCUGUAUGAUGCUAUUGGCACUUUAGCCGACUCUGUUGGGCAAGCAUUGAACAAACCAGAAUCCAUUGAAAUAUUAAUGCCUCCACUUAUCGAAAAAUGGCACCUAUUAAAAGACGAAGACAGAGAUUUAUUCCCGUUACUGGAGUGCCUUUCAUCAGUUACAACAGCUUUGGGACCAGGUUUUCAGCCUUUCGCACCUCCAGUUUUUGAACGUUGUGUUAAAUUAAUUCACAACACUCUUGCACAAUAUCAAUUGCAUCAACAAAACCCAUCGUUGGAUAUGCCAGACAAAGAUUUUAUGAUUGUUGCUUUGGAUCUUUUAAGCGGUUUGACACAAGGGCUUGGAUCUAGUAUUGAAAGUAUGGUUGCGAACAGUAACCCAUCAUUGCUUCAACUUCUGAGUGUAUGCAUGAGCGAUUCAGUCGCCGAAGUUCGACAAUCUGCAUACGCCCUUCUCGGAGACCUUUCUAUCGCAUGCUUUGAGCAUAUAAAACCACACCUCAAUGGAUUCAUGAACGAAUUGAUUGGACAAGUAGAUCCGCAAGCCGAGCAUGUAAGUGUAUGCAAUAAUGCAGCUUGGGCAGCUGGUGAAAUAGCUCUACAAUGUGGUCCUUUGAUGCAACCAUGGAUCACUCCGUUGCUUGAAAGAUUGAUCCCUCUUCUAACGAAUGAGAACACCCCGCGGACUCUUUUGGAGAAUGCUGGUAUUACUAUCGGUAGACUUGGUCUAGUCUGUACUCAAUUAGUUGCUCCCCAUCUGGACGUAUUUUCGGAGGCCUGGUGUAAAGCAUUGAGAGGAAUCCGUGACAAUGACGAAAAAGUGACUGCAUUCCGUGGAGUAUGUGAAAUGAUAACAGUCAAUCCUAAUGGUAUUGCUAAGAGCUUCAUGUAUUUCUGCGACGCUGUCACCCAAUGGCAAAAUCCUCCUCCUGAAUUAAAUGAAAUAUUUCGCAAGAUUUUAACGGGCUUUAAACAAAUGAUGGGCAAUAAUUGGGAGCAAUACACUAGUCAUUUUCCACCUGAAAUAAGACAAAAACUUAUUGAACGCUACGGACUUUAG